CUGUACAUGGAUAUCGGUUGUGUGCCAUCCCUACAACGACGCGUAUUUUAUCAAUAUUAUUGUAAACUUUUAAAACCUGUAUUAAAACCUAUUUCUGAAGGCCUCAAAGACCCGGCACUUGGUUAGCGAUGUCCAUUGAAAUUGAAUCAGCCGAUGUGAUUCGGCUCAUCCAGCAGUAUCUGAAGGAGUCUAACCUUAUGAAGACCCUGCAAACGUUACAGGAGGAAACGGGUGUCUCCCUGAAUACGGUGGACAGCGUGGAUGGCUUUGUGCAGGACAUCUCCAACGGGCACUGGGACACCGUGCUAAAAGUAACCCAGUCCCUCAAAUUACCGGAUAAGAAGCUACUCAAUCUGUACGAGCAGAUAGUUCUGGAGCUGAUUGAGCUCAGGGAACUGGGCGCAGCAAGAUCUCUACUCCGCCAGACGGACCCCAUGAGCAUGUUAAAGCAGCAGGAGCCGGAACGAUACAUUCAUUUGGAAAACAUGCUGCAGCGCGCCUAUUUCGAUCCCAGAGAAGCCUAUGCGGAGGGAAGUAGCAAGGAGAAGCGGCGCACGGCCAUAGCCCAAGAGCUCAGUGGUGAAGUGCAUGUGGUGCCCUCCUCCAGGCUCUUGGCGCUGCUGGGACAGGCUUUAAAAUGGCAACAGCACCAAGGACUCCUUCCGCCCGGCACCACCAUCGAUUUGUUCCGCGGCAAGGCUGCUAUGAAGGACCAGGAAGAAGAAAUGUAUCCCACCCAGCUGUUCCGACAAAUCAAAUUUGGCCAAAAGUCGCACGUUGAGUGCGCUCAGUUCUCGCCGGAUGGUCAGUAUCUGAUAACGGGCAGUGUGGACGGCUUCCUUGAGGUCUGGAACUUUACCACCGGCAAGGUGAGAAAGGAUCUCAAGUACCAGGCGCAGGACCAGUUCAUGAUGAUGGAACAGGCGGUGCUGGCGCUGAACUUCUCACGAGACUCCGAAAUGGUGGCAUCGGGCGCACAAGAUGGCCAAAUCAAGGUGUGGCGCAUCAUUACCGGUCAGUGUUUGCGGAAAUUCGAGAAAGCCCACACCAAAGGAAUAACCUGUCUGCAGUUCUCGCGAGAUAACAGCCAGGUUCUCAGCGCGUCAUUCGACUACACGGUGAGACUGCACGGGCUGAAGUCAGGAAAGAUGCUGAAGGAGUUCAAGGGGCACUCAUCGUUCGUAAACGAAGCAACCUUUACGCCUGACGGACACAGCGUGCUCAGCGCAUCUUCCGACGGCACAGUUAAGGUUUGGUCCCUUAAAACUACCGAGUGCGUGGCCACGUACAAGCCCCUUGGCAACGAGCUGGCCGUUAACACAGUCCUCAUCCUGCCCAAGAAUCCCGAGCACUUCAUUGUCUGCAACAGAUCCAAUACUGUAGUUAUUAUGAACAUGCAGGGCCAGAUUGUGCGAUCCUUCUCGUCGGGUAAGCGCGAAGGUGGAGCCUUUAUCUCAGCCACUCUUUCGCCUCGAGGAGAGUUCAUAUACUGCGCCGGAGAGGAUCAGGUGCUUUACUGUUUCUCCGUCUCCUCCGGUAAACUGGAACGUACUUUGAACGUUCAUGAAAAAGACGUCAUUGGCCUGACGCAUCAUCCGCAUCAAAAUCUGCUGGCCAGCUACAGUGAGGACGGCCUGCUGAGGCUUUGGAAGCCCUAGACCAUAUAAGCAAUUGACUUUCACACCUAGUUUUAGUUGGUAGUCUUAUUUUAGCUGCCGAAAUAUACCUACUGACCCCAAA